AUGCUGCGAGCGCUCGCGUUUUCGUGCCUGGGCUUACUUGUCGUCGCGCAAGAGGUGAAGCCCCUGGAGAACGUCCAGGGCCUCGAAGACGUGGAGGAAGCCUUCAAGGCUUUCCAGCGGGACUUCAGCAAGUUCUACGAUGACAUCGAGAAGCCUGCAAGGUUCAGUGCCUUUGCAAAAAACUACAGGUACAUUCAGCAGCAGAACACCAAGAAUCUUUCCUACACCCUUGGCAUUAACAAGUUUGCAGACGAAAGUACGGAGGAGUUCAAGAAGAAGAGAACAGGAGCUGUGAAGGUACCACCCAAGGCACCGAAGUCCUUGCCAGGGCAGCUCGCCAAGCAAGGUUAUCGUCUGCCCAGCUCAUUCGACUGGAGGAGUGAGGGAGCUGUUACGCCGGUCGUCAACCAGGAAGAUUGCCAAAAUUGCUGGGCAAUCAGUGCCAUUGGUGCCUUGGAGGGAGCUUGGAAACUCAAGACCGGAAAGCUCAUCCAGCUGAGCUUCCAGCAAGUCGGUGACUGCAGCUAUGGAUACGAAAACGGUGACUUUUUCCUGGCAGGCUGCGGCAAAGGCGACCCAUGGUCAGCUUUCGAUUGGAUGUCCCAAUCGGGGAUGGCUAUUUGCACCGAGGCCAGCUACCCUUUCGAAGGCAGAGACACAGAGUUUUGCAUGGAGUAUGCUGAGGACUGCAAGGUGGGUUUGCCAGAGGGGUUUCUUGACGUGAAUUUUCCCUACAUGGCUGUGGAGACGAGCAACGUUCGAAUGCUCAUGGAAGCUGUCGCCACACAGCCGGUCUCCGCGAGCCUAGAACUCUCCCAACCCUUCCAGCUCUACCGGGGUGGCGUUUACAGCACUGAUUCCUGCAACAAUGCUCCUGACCAUUCCAUUUUGGUGGUCGGUUAUGGCACGGAGCGGGGCAUGGACUACUGGCUUGUGAAGAACAGCUGGGGCGACGAGUGGGGCGAGUGGGGCUACAUCAAGUUGGAGCGUGGUGCGUGGUGCAACCAUCUUUACUACGGUGCAUAUCCCCUUCUUUCAGAAGAUCGACGGCUCAUGUACCCGUGA